GAAAGUAUCUUAGAACUAAAUGAUUUAGAAGCUGAAAAAGAAGAUAAAGAGUCAGCAGAAGCAAAAGAGUAUGAAGCCAAACAUAUUAGGGUUUACAGAAGACAAAACCUCGCAAGAUCAGCAAACUGGAAUAAAAAACUCAUUGACGUAUGUGAAUCAAUUGACAACGAAGAAGACAACAGCUGGUUAUUUGGUUCUGAGAUUAGAAAAAUCAUUUGUAAAGAGGCUAAAAUCGCAAAAAACAAUAAUUCUACUUGUGAAUAUAUUGCAGAACAGGUCAAAGAUUCAGUCAAUCUAGAGGUUCAAGAAACCUUCCCAAUUAUAACAUUGCGAGAUCUAUUUAGAAUCAUAAAGAAUAAGGAGAAAAAAGAGCUAGAUCAGAGAGGCUCAACCAGAGCGAAGGCUCUCAAGAUUCUUGAAAAAUUAGCAGAAAAUAACAAGGGAUCAAUGAUUACUAAAUAUAAUAACAAAAGGUCUGGACUUGGAUCUAAAAUUUCACCUGGGUCGUAUAUAUUACAAAAGAAAGAAAAGGAAAGAAGAUCAUCAACUGAUUAUGAAAGUGAUAGAGGAAUUCAAAUUGAAAAAGGCGAUAGUAGAAGUAAAGAAUGUGAAUCUGAUCUUAUAGAAAUUGAAUCUGUUCGUGAUAAAACAGAAAAGAGGAAAGAAAAGAGCAAUGAGAGAGAAAUCUAUCAAACAUACCAAGUUAGUGAGAGAUCACUUACAGAAUCUAGAAUUCAUGAUGAACAAGAAGAAAUGUUAAAUAACGCACUUCAGACAAUAGAAGUUGUUAGAGUUCAUAAUAGAUAUGGAGUUAAUGAAAAUAAAGUUACUGAAAGAGAAAAUAAAGAAAGUAUAGAAAGAAAUCAGAUCCUUAUUGAGAUUGAACCUGAUAUCGACAAAGAAACUGGUAUCAGUUUUGAACUUCUGAAUGCAAUAACAGAAGCAGUCUUACUAGUAAAAUUGAAAUACAGAAAUUUAAUAAUAGACCUAAACAGAGCUCUGAAAUCAGCUGAAAAUAUUCGAUUAUUGGAUGAUGCAAGAAUUGAAAGAAUUGAUAAACAUAAGAGAGUUGAAAGCGAUUGCAUUUCUAAUCAAAAUAAACGACAGAAAAUAGAUGAACUAAAUAAUAAGAAAAAUAGAUGUAUUUUAGCAAAUAUGAGACAAAUAAACAGCAUAUGUGAACUCCCUCUAGAAAUUAAUCCUGAAAGUUCUUCAAGUAGUGAAGAAGCAGUAAAUAAAAAAAUUAAUUCUGAUAACACCGAGAUGACCAUCUCAACAGUAGUUUACAGAAGCAUUAUAAACAUCCAUCAAAAAGCCAAUAAUCUUGAAAGCCAGAAUGAACCUCUUUAUUUAUCUAAAAAUACCAUCGAAUAUGAUGAACCUGUCGAAAUAGGAUCAUAUCGCAUGAAAGACAGAAGACAAGAAAAAACUAUGACAGUAAUUGGAAAAGAUUUGAGAGUUGGUGCAACUGCAUCUUUGAAUUUAUUAAAAGCAUAUCAAAUAGUAAUUUCAACAACAAGAAAAGAUCUAAAAUUGUCAGAAUGUGAUAAAAUUAAACGAAUUCUGAAAGUUAAACAAGAUUUAGAUGAUACACUAAAAGACAACAUCCUCUGCGCUGAGAAAUAG